GCUGUCAGAAGUCAGAGAGCAGUAAGCUAGCCGGUAAACACGGAGGCUCGCCGCAGAUCUACACGUUAAUGCGAUUAACUACAUUGGAGGAUGCAGUUCCUGGGCCGGCUCUUGGACACGGUCUCCUCCGUCUCGACCCUCUUCACCAACCCCUACCGGGUCCGAGAUGUGCCGCUGUCUGAGUACGGAGGAGGAGGCAAGGUGGUGCUGAAAGAGGAGGGACGGAUGAUCCUGUACAGAAACACCCAGUGUCAGUCAUGGGACUGUGUGCUCAUGUGUCCAGACACUCCGGCUAUGACUCUGAGGCUGUUUCAGGUGGCCUCGGAGGAAGACGCCAUGAACUGGUUCCCGCAGUACGCCCUCAAGCUGCGGCCCUUCUACGAGACGCUUCCCCUGAAGGCCGAGACGGUGCAGCCCAUCGUGGACUGCAUCCGCAACCACCCGGACUGGAGCUCCGCCCACAUCGCCGUGGAGACGGGCCUGAGAGAGUGUCUCAAACACAACUAUGUCCAGAGUCAGAUCAAUGCCCGCGACGCGUCCGGCCAGACGCCGCUGCACCUGGCCUGCGAGCGGGGAGACCUGGCGUGCGUCAAGGAGCUGCUGGAGGAGAGCCAGGCCCGCACCGACAUCCGAGACCGAAACGGGGAGACGCCCAUGCACUGCGCCGCCAAGCAGGACUCCCCCGUCAUCAUCCAGACCUUGUGCUCUCGUCUCUGCUCGGGCGUCAACGAGCUCAACGGCAGCGGCGAGACGCCGCUCCACGUGGCCUGCCGGCUGGGCCGCGUGGAGGCCGUCAGGGCCCUGCUGGGGGGCGGAGCCAAGUGCGGCGUGAUCGGUGGGACGGGCUACCCCAUCCACUCCGGCAUGAAGUACAGCGAGAAGGGCUGUGUGGAGGAGAUCCUGAAAGCAGACCCGGCGCAGCUCCAGGCGGAGGACGCUCUGUACGGAGGGACGCCGCUGCACUGGGCCAAAACUGCAGAGAUGUGCCGGCUGCUGCUGGACCACGGCUGUGCGAUAAACUACCUCAGUAAGACGGGCGAGAGCGCCCUCCACAUCCUGACCAGGAAGGGCCGCUUCGAGGCAGCCAUGGUGCUGCUGACCCACGGGGCCAACGCCAACCUGAAGGGGCAGGACGGGAACACGGCGCUGCACCUGGCCAUGAAGAUGGACCACAUGGAGCUGAUCAAGGCUCUGAUCGUGUUCGGGGCCGAUGUGGAGAUCCACAACGACCUGGGAGAAACUCCCGGGCUCAUCGCCGCACGCACCAGCAAAGGCCCUAAUAGAAAGGUACUGCUGGACAUGCUGUGUAGUGUAGGGGUGCAGCGCUGCCUCCCUCCCUCGCCCGGCAGCCCUCCUCCCAUCUCCACCAACGCCAAGCCUCAAGCCAUAGGGUUCGAGGACCUCAUGUUUGUGGGGGCGGCGGUCGGCGCCAUGAGCCGAGGCACGACUCAAGUGGACGGCCGCGCCGGGGUCAAGAGGAAGAUGGACAGACUGCUGUGUCUGGACGGCGGCGGGAUCAAAGGCCUGGUGCUGAUCCAGAUGUUGAUCGCCCUGGAGAGAGAGGCGGGCCGGCCCACCAGAGAGCUGUUCGACUGGGUGGCGGGGACGAGCACCGGCGGCAUCCUGGCGCUCGCCAUCGUCCACGGGAAGUCCAUGGAGUACCUGCGCUGCCUCUACUUCAGGAUGAAGGAGCAGGUCUUUAAGGGGUCCAGACCCUACGAGUCGGCGCCGCUGGAGGACUUCUUGAAGAAAGAGUUCGGAGAAAACACCAAGAUGACAGACGUUCAGUACCCCAGGGUGAUGGUGACCAGCGUCCUGGCGGACAGGCAUCCCGGCGAGCUGCACAUCUUCAGGAACUACGACCCGCCGUCCGUCCGCAGGGAGCCGCCGUACGCCACCACCGAAACCUUCAAGCCUCUCACCAUCCCGCAAGAGCAACUGGUGUGGAGAGCGGCCCGCUCCAGCGGCGCCGCUCCCACCUACUUCCGCCCCAUGGGCCGCUUCCUGGACGGCGGGCUGCUGGCCAACAACCCCACUCUGGACGCCAUGUCGGAAAUCCAUCAGUACAACAAGGCUUUGAAGGCAGAGGGCCUUGAGCAGGACAUCAAGAAGUUGGGGGUCGUGAUCUCUCUUGGGACAGGGAAACCCCCUCAGGUGGCGGUGAGCUCCGUGGAUGUGUUUCGGCCCUCGAACCCUCUGGAGCUGGCCAAGAGCAUCGUGGGGGCGAAGGAGCUGGGAAAGAUGCUGGUGGACUGCUGCACGGACUCGGACGGCUGUGCGGUGGACAGAGCCGGAGCCUGGUGCGAAAUGAUUGACACCAUCUACCACAGACUGAGUCCUCAGCUGUCUCAGGAGGUGAUGCUGGACGAGGUGAGCGACGCCGUCCUGGUGGACAUGCUGUGGGAGACGCAGAUGUACCUCUACGAGAAGAGGGAGAUCCUCCAGUCUGUGGCAAAGUUACUGCAGGACUGCUGAAGAAAGCAGGUGGAGCCGUGGAGCAAAACCCUCGAACCGAUGGACCCACGGUGUGGAAAUCAUGGAGGCGGGUGUGGAUUCUGCCGAGUCAGUCGCUGAUGUAUUUAUAGAGAAAUAGAGGAAACGCAGCAGCAGACGUGUGAAGCGUAGCGAGGAACUGCAGAUUAACAGGAAAUGACCGACACCCUGUCGAAGGGACAUCAUGUAGCAACGUGUCACCUGAUCACAUGGUUGGAUGGCGGUUUUCUCAUGUCUGAGCCAGAAUAUGAAGUGAAUCCUCCCUCUUUUCUGUGAAAAAUAGACUGAAUGAGAUGUGAGUGAAACUGGAACUUCACCCUUCACCCUUUCAUUUGUUUUAAUCCUCAUGGUCCUGUCUUCCAGCUGAUGAGCCUGUUCUGCCUUAUGUGUCAUGGAACAACAUUUAAACCUUUUGUUUUUUUGUGCAUUUCAUACUUUCUUGCCUUUCUCACUUAUUUAUACUGACAUUGAAGACAAAGUGUAGCCUCAAACUGAUCCGAACACUCGGUGCACAUCGUGUCCUGAGGGCGUAUUUAACCUGUACUGUGAGAGAUGGGAUGGGAAGUUCACUGAAAUUCUGAAGGUGCAGCUGUUACAUGCACAACAGAAGAAGGAGAUGACACAGUGAUUUCUAUUGACUUUCUAUGUGUACUGAUCAUUGGAUGUGUACAUUGUGUGUUAAAAUAUAAUAUCACUGAC